AUGGAGGGCAGCCCGCCAUACCCACUCGAAAGUGACGUUUGGCGUACCGGCCGGGACGCACGGGGGGAGGCGCCGCGCCCAGUUGGAACGCGCCGCAGCGGGCAGCAACUGUCUCAUCUCGCUUCAGGUGUUUUGCAAGCGGAGGCACGCGCUCUCUCACAAGCAAGCGAGCGAGAAGCAGGUGGAAGCGUGCCCGCGCCGGCGAAGGCUUCAGGAAGCUCAGAAAAGAAAGAGAUCGAGGCAACAUCAGAGAGAGACACGCAGCCGCUCGACGCAUGCCCCGUCGCCCAUGAGAUACCCAUCCAGCAUCAAGGCACAUGCAGAGACACUUCUCCGCGCGUGUCGCAGAGGCGAGCCGCACAAGGUGAUGCAGCCGCGGAGAAGGCGGCCGAAAGGGCAGCGUGGGGGGGAGAAAGCCCAGCAGGCGCCGGAGGAUGUCGAGUCGACUUCCGACCCCCCCAAGACGCCUUACCGAAAGGGGGGAGCUCGCCCGCGCAGGAGAGAAAACGUGAAAAAGCAAACGACAUUGAGAUCGCACACAGCGCAGCUGCGCGAGCAACCAGAAGGCGCAGCCCACAAGGAAUGCGGCCCAAGAAGAAAACAAGAACGUCUCGCGCCGUAGCGCAAACGAAGUGCCCUUCUGUUCCACGCGGCGAUCGCGCAGACACUCCCCUAACCCCAGCGCCUUCCCGCCCCGCCGCAGGCAGUCCAACGCCGCAUCUCGAUGCAGCUCCGCCAAGCGCGCCUCCCCCUUCCUCUGCUUCUCCGCUCCCUUCGUCGGCUGCCUCUGCGCCUCCGCCCUCGUCGCCGUAUCCUUCGCCUCUCCGUCCGCCUCUGUUGGCUUCGUUUCUUUGCGCAGAAGUGAAGCAGGCUUCCACAGAGCGCUCGUGUGCCGCCGAGGAAAGCGAGGCGCCGCGGAUGACCUCGAACGAGGUGGCGGAGGGAGUUCGAACAGGCAAUCAGGCGCUGCUACAGAGCCGCGAAGAAGAGCUUGCUUCCGCUGCGGGGCGUGGGGGGGGUGAACAAAGACUCAAAUCCCGAGUUCAGGCUUCUGACGGAGCUAUGUGUGCGCCAGAGCGGAAACGCAGGAGAAAGGGAAGCGAGACGCAGCCGCACGCGAGCCACAGGGUUAGAGGUGCGCCGUCGUCGCCUUCGGCGCUGUGCGCCUCUCCCUGCCCUCUCCUCCGUCACGCAACUCGCCCGCCCGGGAGCGAACGUGUCCUUUUUCAGCACAUUGUCUGUGCAGUUCUGCAGCCGCUCAACCGUGCCCUCGGCGCGUGGCGUGCAUCGUGCAUCGAGAGGCAACUACGAGAUUACGCUGAGUGCGGCACUGCCGUUAGAAGAGGCGCCCUCGAAAACCGUGAGAAUGCCAUCACGCGUCGAACCACAGGCUGGCGAACCGCGGCGCCAGAAGGAGACGAAGUCUCGCGUAAGUCCGAAUCGCCAGAGAAAGCGGAUGAAACUUCGGCUGAAGGAAGGCGAGAUGGAGACGGCGACGACGAGCUGUUCCCCGACGCGCCCGGUCUACCCAUAUCGCAGCUCUCUGAAGCUUACUCACUAAUUUGGAGUGUUUCCGUCGCCGACCCGCGGGCUUGCCUAGGCGCCUACGGCCUCUUCUGCGCGCUACUCUACGUCUUUGCGCACCAGCGCCUCCGCCAGUGCCCCGCUCUCGAUCGUCUUCUCCGCCGUCUCUAUCUGCCUCCUUCCAAGACUUCUUCGUCUUCCUCAUCUGAAGCGCCUCCCUCGUCUCUCGUAUCCGCCCGCUCUGAACCCGCGUGGUCCGCGCCGCGCCCCGCCGCCCCCUCCGCGCCUCCUUCCCUCUCUGCCGCUGCACUGCCUCUUGACUCGUCUCCGCCUUGCUCUCCGGCGCACGAGGCACCCGCCCCCGCUGAGUUCCUCAUCCGUGUGGUUGGCGUCUGGCGGGAGUACCUGCACUUUGCUUAUGCCCUGCUUGGCAUCUUCUCCUGCCUGCAGACCGACACCGCGUCGCCUUUCCUCCGCACUGCCUCGCAUGCCGCCCUGCGCCCUCCGGUAUCGCCUUUUCAGCACGUGCCGCCGCGCGACCUGAAGGAGUCCUGCCGGCGUGUUCAGCUUCCUCGCCCGCGCGCGGAGACUCGCGAGCCUGCAGCGGAGCCGUCGCAUGCGGAGGCGAGCGCCGCCGCUCUUCCGACGUCGCGAGUCUCGUCUGCCUCGUGCGCACGCGAGCUGUCUUCGUUCGGUGAUUCGAAAUCUGAGGCGCAGCCGGCCUCUGGAGCAGCUGCUUCGCAUUGCACGCACCGCCCGAGAGCCGGUGGAAGUCUGCGCGCUGCCGCACUCGCUGAGGACUUUGCGCCCCUCCGUGAGGACGGGAAAGGAGACUGCGAAGGCCGAGGGGCUGAAGGAAAACUUGAAGAGUUCGAGGGCUGCUUCGCGUCUGGACGAGAGGCGCAGAGCGCGGAGAGCGACCGCGAAGCAGAGGGCGAAUGCAAGCCGCAAAACAGAGACUUCUCGAGCUGCGGAGAGAAUGCAGGCGGCGACAGCGAACUGCCCAAUGCCUCACUGUCGCCGACCGCCGUCGGGGCGCUCGUGCUCCAACACCUCUGCUCGCCUGACUUACCGCCCUGCAUGCAAAAGCAGAGCGAAAAAAACGAGACUUCAACGGGGCGAGAAGGCGCCACAGAAGACGAGGAAGAAACAUGCCGGUCGCGAGUCUUCCAACUUCAGAAAGAUCUCCCAGGCUCAGUGAGGAACGACAUAGUAUCCAAAGUCUCUCUCGGCGCGCUCGUGGCCUCAACUAUGGCAAUGCAGGAGGCCGCGCUUCCUCUAGACGUGGCGGCGCUGCGAAUCUUUCGAACCCUUCUCAGCCCGGCCUGCCUGACUGCCUUCCGCGCCGCGGUGAGUUUCUGUUUGAAGGAGAAGCGAACCUGCGCCCUCCGCGCAGUUCUCCUCCGAUGCAGGCCCCCGCCGCCAGCGUGUCGCAGUCUCCCCUCGGCACCCUCCUCGCCUGCUUCUUCGAUUCCACCCUCUUCAUCGGAAUCGCCUUCGUCGACUCGUGUCUCUUCUAGAAGCGCGGCGUCCCUGCACGCUGGCGCCGCCGCCGCCCUUUCGCCUGGGGCGCGCAGCGAGUCUCCCGGGAGGUCCGCGGCGCGCCGCGAGCCGACUCGAAGGCAAACAGCUUGCGCAGAGGAGGCCGCGGCCUCCUCUGCGCCAUCGCCCGGCGCAGCCGGCGGCGGUAUGCAUCCGCGGCUUCUGCGCGAGGCCGUCGUCUUCCUCCGCCGCGUCUGCGACUCUGACUCGGUGCGCCUCCUCUCGCUGCCCGCCUGGGAGCGCGAGAAGAAACGCGAGGCCGCGACACGCGCGCAGCUGAGGGCGAAGGACAGACACGCCGCACCCGCCUCUGCCUUCGGUAGGCCGCAAAAAACACCAGAGUCUCGCCGCGACGCAACGACUCCCGAUAGGCUCGGGGGAGGCAUCGCGGGGGGCGGAGGCAGCGGCGAACCUGAAGCUCGACACGCGCGCGAGAAGCAAAACCCAAGAGACGCACGAGGGCACGCAGCAGACGAGAGAGAGAGACGAGGAGAUCCAGAUCGAGGAGAGACAAGCCAGCGGGCGAGCGGGCCGUCGGCGGUGGCUGCGGCGGUGCCGCGGCUUCAGAGGGAGACUGGAGACGGAGGAGUCCACGCGUCGCCGCCGCAGAAGGCCACUCGGCCGCCGCCGCAGCCGCCGGCAGAAGCCGAGAACUCUGAGAGGCGCGCGAGGAGAGUCGUGGCGUGGGGCACGCCGCAGUGGAUCGCUGGGGCCAGCGCAAAGAGCGUGUGGGACGGCGACGUGAAGGAAGCAGAAAAAUUCAGACGGUGGCUAAUGCAGAAGGCGGGAAAGUUUUACAUGACGACUGCAGCCUGCCUUCUUCGGCAGCGCAGCUUGCCUCUCCAGGCAUACGUGCAGCUGGGCCUUCACCUCCUGGAAGCUGAAGCGGCUCUUGCCGAAACGUGCCUGCCCCCGCAAGCGAGAGAAGACAUGCUAAAUGCCGCAGCUUCCGCGCUCUUCCGCUUCCACGUGGAAACAGUCCUGCAGCUGCCGCCCCGCCUCGGGUCGCUGCUGAAGUUGGGCGACUGGCUCACGGUUCGCUCCCUUUUCGCAACGCUGAGGCGCUGGCCAAAGGACGCGCUCCUGCGCUUCGUGGCGGAGUGUCGCAUGCACUGGCAGGAACGAUUCUCCUUCGUUUUCCUCUCGACUUCCUGCGCGGACUCGCCGCCGUCUUCCUCCCCGCUCUCGAGACCUUCGCAGACUCCGUAUCCCACGAGCGCGAAGCGCGCCGACCCCCUUUCGGCUCUCUCCUCUUGUCCCGUCUCUCCCUCAGAUUCGGCUGCCGCGCGCUCGCUCCCAAGUACGUCGAAUUCCGCCGCGGCUUCCACGCAUGGAGCGCGAACGUCAGAGGGCCCACGCAGCUCGUCGCAGCGCGCUUCCGCUGCGCUGUCGGCCUCCGUCGCAGCUCCCGCGCGUGCGGCAACUGGCGCCGCCUGCGUGCCUGGCGGCUUGCCUUCUUCGUUUCUUGUUCGCCGCCUCUCGGCGUUGGUGAAGGAGUGCAGCGCCACGGAGGGAGAGUUGAAGACGCACUUCGGGAACCACCCCGCGCUGCGAAAGGCGCGCGACGAGGCCUUUGAGGCUGUGUUGAACGGCGAGGACGUCUUGAAGCUUUUUUCUGCGUAUCAAGCUCGGCUCACCUCCUACGCGACGCCCUUCUCCGCGCCGGCUCCUUUGCGGCACUCGAGUUCUUCUUGUCUGUGCUCGCCGCAUGUCUGCGCGGAAUUGGCACCAAAUGUCCACAACCAGCAAACGGGGUCUUCGCUCAUCGCGGCGUCGCCGGCGUGCCGCAGCGACGCCGACGGCAGCGCCCCUGAGCGCGUAUUUCUUCAGUCGCCCUCCUUUUCCUUCUCCGCUUUGACUCUGCUGUGCUUCUCUCUGCGACCAUCGUCUUCUCUUUCUCGCUCGUCCUCGCUCCUUCUGAGCGCGGCCGUCGUGGACUACGUGGCGCAGGUGCUGCAGGGCGCGGAUUCCGCAGGGUAUGCGUGUACCCCCGAGGCAGAUCCGGAAAGGGUAGACAGUGGCUGUUUUCAGACAGAAGAGGGCGAGGCGAUUGCCACCGACGCGUGCAGCCAGAAAAGACGGCGCUGUGGAGGCCAAAUGACCUGGCUGGCGAGCAUGCGCCAAGUGCUGCACCACAUGCAGGAGCGAGACACAUUCUGCAACUUCUUCCGCCUCAGCGUCGCGCGACGCCUGCUCGCGACAGCUCUCCUCGACUUUCGCGCGCAACGCGAAAUCCCCUCGUGCCUUCCUGAGGCUGCCUUUUCCUCGGCCUCUGCCUCGGGGUCGCGCCCCCAAGCCGCGACGCCUUCGCCGUUGACGGCGGCAGCCUCGAGAGAGGCAGAAGACUCUUUUGCGGCCUUCUCCUCUGGCGACAAGUCGCCACAGUCUGGAAACAGCGAAACGACCCGAACGGCGGCUCACCAUCCAGGCAGCCUCCAUGCCGCGCGCAGCAGAGGGCACCCGCUCCCGCCGCAGCAGCGCCAUCACGACGGGCGAGGCUCCAGUGGCGGCGGACCGCGCGAAGAAGAACAGGGCACUGUGGAGGCAGAGGCGCGCUUUGGAGGAAGACACGAAAGGGCGGAGACUGGCGGCGGCCGGCAGGAGAUAUCCCGCGCCGGGGAUCAAGGCGACUCAGGAAGCGCCUCUGUCAAGAAUGAACAUGAGCGUCGCGAACCCCCGUUCUUCCAGCAGCAAAUGGCGCAGGCGGCGUCCUCUGCUUCACCAGCCUUCUUCCUCAGCGUUUCUGCGCGCACGCCAGACGCUCCAAGCGCCCCCGCGACAGCGACGCCAAGGCGAGACGCGCAACUUGCGCUCAGUCCGUAUGUGCUUCGCGGGAUCUCCGCGGCAUCUGAGAGCGUGCGCCAGCUGCAAGGGCGCGUCAACCCCGCCGCGCAGAGCACCGGAAGAAGUCGGGGGGCAAGCGCCGUCCUAAUCGAUGAAGAAGCGCGGCUUGCGGCAGGCCACCGGGACGCGGAGCCCAGCAAGCAGGCGAGACUGAAGCUGGAGAGGUGCGCGGCUAGAGAGAUGCUCGAGGCAGCCGUGGGUGAGGGCUGCAGACAGCAGGAGGCGUGGAAGCUGCGGCAGAUAUUCGAAGACCUUGACGCAGCGGAGAGCGUCGAGGCUGAGUUUGCUUGGUCCUGCAGAGAGCGAUAUGACCUUCACACCGGGCGAGAGACCAGCCCUCUAGGCGUCAGCUUGCACAGCGGCGACGCUGCCUGCCUAUGGGCGGAUGGAGGGACAGACGCAGGGGCCUGGGGCGGGAGCACGGAGAGCGAGGCCGCAGAAAAAGAGACAGAUGAGCGGUCGACAAUCGCCCCCUCGGUCUCGCAGCACGCAUGGGAAGACGAUCCACGAUCAGCCGCUAAGCAGGGAGUUGAGGGUCGCGGCGUCCCUGGCAGUCUUCCCGCCUCAGAUGUCGCUUCGCGUUCUGCUGUCUCUGAUCGGGUGGAGGCGACCCGGCCUGCGUUCGAAAGGGGGCGAAGCCACUUCAUCUUCCACCCUCUCAUCCUCACUCAGCAUGCGUGGACGCAUGCGCUGCCUCAUAGGGAUCUCUAUCUUGCCCCGCGGACCACCUCAUCUGCAGCUGCCUGCUUGAAUUCUCGCGCGUUCUCGGCUGCUUCUCCACCUCCUGCGCACUCCCCGCCUCUCUUGACGCCGGCGGCGUCCCUUCACCAGGCUGCUGCCUCGCCGUCUUCUGCCUACUGUGACGUCCCGCGUCCUCCGUCGGCAGAGGCUGAGGUCGCCUCGCGGGUGGGCGAGUUCACCGAACGGGUGUAUUCGCUCAGGUCGACAAGCAGGCAGAAAAGUGGUUUUUCGCCUUCUCGGCAGAGCGGCCUGCAUGCGCGCGGCGGGAGAAUACUAAACGCGAGCUCGCUGAAAGGGGCGUCCGCGGCGGAGGACGCCGAAAGCGAGCUGACGCGAUAUACAACCGGGAGGAGUCUAAGCAUUCGGCUGAUGAAGAUAGGCGACGCCUGGGUGCCUCGGGAUCUUGGGAUGCCGCUGAAGGCCUUCACAGCGUUCUAUCGAUCGCGCUUCCCAGAGCGAAGACUCUCGUGGCAACUGCGGCUGAGUCGCCUGGAGGUUUCCUGCCUCAGUGCCGCGGAGGCAACCGCCUUCAUCGCUGCAAGGGGCAGGCCUCGACCGACACUUCGCGUGAACCUGCCUGCCCUCGCCGGCGUCAUUCUGCUUCUCUUCAACGCGCGCCCCUUGUUCUCCCUCCGCGAGAUCUCAGAAAGCACAGGCCUUUCGCGCGCCGAUGCGGCGAAGAUCGUGCUGAGUCUGCUGGUCGCCUCCCAGCAACUCUUGCAGCUCCUCCCCAUCGCCUUCCAGGGGAGAUCUGAAGCCGCACAGCGCUGUCGUGCCGCAAGCGGAGACUCUGCCGCCUCCGGCGCUGCAACUGCUGCAUGCGGCGAGGCGUCCAAGCCGACAGCAGGCGGAGAAGGCGGAGAAGAAAGCGGCGCAGACGCCUGCGAAGGAGCGCCGAAUCAAGAUAGGACCACGCUCGGCGAGAAGGAAGCCAAGCGCUGGGAUGAAUCGAAGAGCCGAUUGCCUCUGCCCUGCGAUCCGCUGGCGCGCCUUUGGAGGGAGCUGACAGGGAAUGAAGACGACUGCCGAAUUUGCCUCAACGAGGCCUUCUUCGCGCCGAGAGAAGAGGAGACCGUGGUGCAUGCACACCCCCUGGAGGAUGCGGCGCUGGCGCUCUUUGUGCCAGACAUUGCUGAAAAGGCUUUCCUCGCCGGCGAUCCCCUUUACGAACCUUUAUCUUCUCUCUUCCCCUCCUGUCCCCCCGUCGCCUCCCCGGUGUCGCCGCCUCUCCCUGACGGAUACCCUUGGCGAGUGGACUCUGCGAGGGAGACUGGGAGCACCGGCGGCACCCGCGUGGACUUCCAGGUUUCCUCUUCUUUGCGCGUCUCCGCCGACUAUCAGGCGCUUGUCGAGGCAGCCGUUGUAAGAGUGAUGAAGCGCUACAGGCGGUUGCCUCACGCGCGUCUUUACCAGGAAGUCCAGAGUUACAUUCACCGCCGACUCUCCGCGCAGUCUUCGCACAUGGCGACGGCCUCCAGGGAGUCAGCGGGAGGUUUUCUGGAGAAACAAAAGGGUACUGAUGCGAGCGCGGCCGCAGUAACCAGCCGAGAGACAGGAGAAGUGCCAAGAAGCAGCUGCGGUGUAGCUACGCAAGGUUUAAAACCCGAGGAAGAGGGAACGAGUAAGGCUCUCCCGCCGCCGAAACCGACUCUAUCAGCCGAGCGCGGCGCGCUGCAGGAGGAGAGGGUCGAAACGCCUGAGGAGGAGAUCGUAGCCGAGGCGAAUGCGGCAGACCGGACAUCUGGCGACACGGCAACUGCUUCCUUGCUUCAGAGCAGGCGAUGCGGAGGCUUGAAAGGCCGUCUGGCGCGGGAACAUGCAGCAGCUGAAGCGAAUCCAAACACGACGCGAACGAGCGACGGCGAACUAGGGGGGGAGUCUUGUCCCGCUGGAGGUGAUGCCGAGCGAAGCGCCCGGCACCGCGCGGGAGGACGCCAGGCAGUAAAGCUGCAGAUGGAACAGAAGGAGUUGCCGAGACAAGCAGGCCUUGACGCGAAAAUGGAGGCCGUUUCGCCGCACAGAGAGGGAAAGGAAAUCAAGAAAGCAGGCAGCUUGGGAGAGCGUGCGCUUGUCCCGAUGGCAUUGUUCAAGAAGAGACUGGACAGCCUCUUGGAGCGCGAAUUCAUCGCCAGAGAUGGAAAUGACUCCGCUGUCUACAUCUACCUCCCCUGA